UCCCUAAUAAGUGAAAUUGAUGAUAAAGUGACAAGUAAUAAUAUAAAACGUAUUGCUCAAGUUUUAUUUGUAAAUCCAAAGCCAUAAGACCCUUGACUUCUUUUUUCCACCCUCAUUUCCUCGAACAUUCACAAAACCAUGACCUCUUUCUUCCCAAAUAAAUUUUUUGGGCUCCAAGCCAUCCAAGCAAUGUCAAAUAUUUUUUUUAUUUCUUUAAAAUCCUAGUUGACAGCUUUGAAAGCGAAAAUACGUGGGAAAUCCAACGGUGGUCCUUGAAGUGGUAAAAAAUUGAACUCACUAUCUCCAACGGCCAUUCAACUACCACGCAGUCUGUGAAUUGUGCCAUUCAGAGGAAUCCACAUGCUGACACGCGGGCAAGCUCCUAUGCGACAAAUGGACACUGAUAUCAUAAGCUGCUGAGGUCACCACAAGUUUCUCUCUGACCUGGCCGCCAUGCUUCAAUUGACCCAUGUGUUAAAAUUCAUCCCAACUUGCGUAGGAUCCCACAAUAAAUACAAUAAUACACCAAAACAAAUAAAAUAUAGCCAACCACAUCUUAUAUUUUAAUAUGAUUCACCUGGCUACUUUUACCUUUUCACCCUCAUAAUUUUUACCCACUCUCUUUCGUUGGGUCAUUUUUAACUUGGGGGCCCAAUUGGCCCCUACUGGUCCACAUUGGUCCUGUGGGACCCAUUGGAAUUGGGUAUAAAAAUGGGAGGAGGCCCCGAGUCUUAGCUUAACCACAACGUGUAGCCACACUUGCACAAACACAAUAUUCCAAGAAGAAAACAGAGACACCACCUCAAUUCUUCAAAUGAAUUACUCAAUCUUCCACUCCCCAAUUUCCGAUUUGUCACCUGAAUCUUCAUUCGGAUCAUCAUUUUCUUGGGAUGAUCACAAAUUUGGCAACAACUCACUUCCCUUCAACGAAAACGACUCCGAAGAAAUGCUUCUCUAUGGCCUAAUUUCCAACGCCACCCAGGAAAUAACAUCAAGAGAAACAGAGACACUCUCUGUUUCUGCAAACCCAAUCAAGGAAGAGGAAGUGAGCUCCACGUCCGACUCGGAGAACCCGAAAAGGGAAAAGUCGUACAGAGGGGUGAGGAGGCGGCCAUGGGGCAAGUUUGCUGCUGAAAUUAGAGACUCCACCAGGCACGGCAUAAGGGUGUGGCUAGGCACAUUUGACAGUGCCGAAGCUGCAGCCUUGGCCUAUGAUCAGGCCGCCUUUUCGAUGCGUGGCUCCGCGGCGAUUCUCAACUUUCCGGUGGAGAGAGUCCGAGAAUCGCUUAAAGAAAUCAACUAUGUCGCUUCGGAUUUGAACGGGGGCUCGCCGGUUGUGGCGCUCAAAAGAAAGCACUCCAUGAGAAGGAAAAUCGGGAACAAGAAGAGCAAAGUGGAGAGAGACGUGAGGAUAGAAAAUGUGGUGGUGUUUGAAGAUUUAGGCGCAGAUUACUUGGAAGAAUUGUUAAAUUCAUCUGAGAGCACAUGUGCCACUGCCACACCUAAUCGUUGAUUCAAAAACAUUAAUUCAACUUUCUUGUGUUCUUCUUUUUUUUUUUUUGGUGGUAAUUAUAUGAACCAUCAUCACUUUGAAAUCUUUGAUCUGUCUCUUCUCCAAUAUUUUCUUUUUUCUGUGAAGUUGCAAAAAAAGGAUAAGGAGUUACGUAUUUAUGUAUCCUGGUGUCUCAUUUGUGGCGCUCAAUUAAUUGAUCCUUAAGGUGAUUAGAUUUAA